UUCGAUCCUCCAUUGAGUCUUCCACAUAGCCAUAGUCAUUAGCUUCCACUGUAGUCCUCGCUGAAAGCUCUGCCAUCAUGCACUGGGUCACCGGCGGCCUCCAUAAUUUCCAGCUCGAUAUCGUUGGGUUCCUUGCCAUCCUCGGUGAAGGAUCCGUGCUCGCAAAUGCCCAAGUGUCAACCCUCUCUAAAUGGAUCUUCCUGCCUCGUCUGCUUCCCGCGCCCCAAGCCCUUCUCCGACCCACGAGGCCCUCCAAACUCGAGCCCCAUCCCGGGCGAGUGACUGGCGUGUAUUCCGGAAACGACAGGGACUCCAUUAACCACAUUGGAAACAUUGUUUGCGAUGGAAACUCCAUGGACGACUACUCGGUCCGCUGCGUCACGGUAGGACGACGGAACAUAAACCAGGCGAAGUCGAAGACCGUAGGCCCGCUCACUGGCGUCCUAUUCCUCGGUGCAGGCUUGUCCGCCGUCCUCCUCGCCCUUUCGAUAUACUACGGCGACGGCAUGUCGCUCCUCGCAACCGCCCUCCUCUCUCUCCUCUCCUCACUGAUUGGCUGGGGUAACCAUUGGAAACUACACCUGCCAAAGCGUAUAGAGAAGUCUGGCAAGGUUCCCCGGGGCGACGUGGUUAUCCGCUAUCCCAAGGGCAGCUUCCUCGUCGUCAAAUGCGAGGAAGACGUCGCCCGGGAACUCUACUUCGCCCCGGAGUCCAUCGAAUACACCCUGAGCCACGCUCCGGCAUACCGCAUGCUCUCGCUCCUGGGCACCCUGAUGCUCAUGGGUGGCGUCAUUGCGCUGGCCAAUGCAGAGCCCAAGUUGCAGAUUGCGUGGGCAGGCGCCUACAUGCUGCUCAACGCCGCGUACUGGACUGUUGCUGCGCUGCCCGCGAAGCUCCACUGGGACACGUCGUGCUUCAAGGUUACGAUGGAAGCGCUGUCGGACAGCGACAAGAACAUCAAAGGCUUCCCUAGCAAGAACACCACUUUUACGCAAGCGCUAUGGAAAGUCAUCGUCCUCACCAGGAACGCGAAUUGGGCACGACGCGGCGAAGCAGCACCGGACACUAAAGCCUGGCGGGCGUGGAUGAACGACGCCCAGUUCACCGCCCAGGACGCCCACGAAGCCGAGGUCCCGAUCAAGCAUGGUGUCAAAACGUGGCAAGUUCCGGUGUGGAACGCGCAAGAACGACUUCGAGAGCUGCUGGACGAGCAGCGGGCUGAAGAAGAGAAGGGGGUUGAAGAAGUUUGAGUCGCUUUGAUCCCCGUUUUUUAAGCGUUUCGCAUACCCAACACGCAUCAUGACGUUACGAUCUCAAAAGCAUCUUCGCACCUUCGCUCUUUACAUACUGCCAUUUAGCGAUUUUGUUCAUUUCUGCGCUUUCUUAGCGAGCUUGCUAUUGCAUCGGUGUUGGACUACCCAUUGGCAGCAUUAUCAUCAUCAUCAUCAUCAUCAUCAUCAUCACUAAUUCGAGCGAUUUUUGGUUCUGCUUAUCUUGAGCGGUUGGCGUAUCUCGUCGGCGCUUUGGAAUUUACCCAUUACCUAGAAGGAAAGCUUGGAUAGCUACGCUGUCAAUAAAAUUGAUACAUAUGCACCGAUCGAAUCACACCUUUUGAACGCU